ACGUGAUUUGGUGCAAAGGACAAUCCAUGUUCGUAUGUACCAGCAAAUGUGUCCUAUAAAGUCAUGGAACAGUUCAAAGGAAUAAGGAGAAAGAUGUCAKUUGAGAAGGAACCAAGCAGUUACGAACUUAAUCCAUCAGAACCKGUUUUCACCGUACGAUAUCUUGGAAAYGUYGASGUYGUCGAGGUGUUUAAUCCCACAAACGGUUACAGUCUGUCAUGUAAAUACGCAGAUCAACUUCUUAAAGAAACAAAACGUGGCCAAAAAGCAAGCAAAGUAGAACUUGUCAUAUCAACUAACAUUCGUCGUGGGGUUUCUUUGAAUGAUCCAACUGGUAAACUUCCAGAACUGCAAACCUUCCAGCUACAAAAUAUCGCAUUCUGUACAACARUCAAGCAUCAGCCGAAAAUCUUUGUGUUUAUUGCUGAAAAGGCUGGAAAACUCGAGUGCCAUGCAUUUCUAUGCAGCAAAAACGAAAAGGCACGGGCAAURUGUCUUGCUGUGACCAAGGCWUUUACUACAGCUCAUUCAGAAUGGAGCAGAAAGCGCGCGCGCGUCAUCUCGAAGAAAGAAAGGAACGCAGUUAUUGCAGACAUCGUGGCCAGUCAAACAAAACAAGAUGUCGUAAAUCAAGACAGAGAGAUUGAUGGUCAUGACGUUCAGUUAUCAGAUGACGAUGAUUUUGACGUCUAUGAGAACAGUUCCGAUUUGAUGAUGUUGAUUCGAGAGGAAAUGACAGUCAAUAACAAUUAAUUCAUCAAACGAUCUUUUCAWGUAUUUAUGAAGAUUGUCCGCAUUAGAUCCUCGUCAAGAUAAUGAAACAGUGCAUACUUGAUUAAUGAGAAAUCUCUCGUGCUUGGAGCGCGGGCUUCCUGUGUGAAAGAUAUUAGCGACAUUGAUUUUAGGCAAGCAUUGGCGGACAAGAUUUAACCGUAAAUGCAUAUGGACUAUCCCAUGAAGCAUUGUGAGAGUGCACGAGGAAGAUUUUAGGAAGUAGUAUAAAAUAUCAGUGUUUUUCGUUUCUAGUYUAAAAGGAUAUAGUGUUAUACAAACAUUUUGAUGUUAAAACAUUUUGAUCAGCUGAUCAAUACAAUAUGCAAAAUAUAAUUUCAUAUUGGUGAUUUCA